AAUGAUUUCAAUUCCAAUCUAGUCAAAAGCUUGGACUGCUUUAUCCUACGCCCUGCUCGCUGAUUAUCCUGCGCAUAUUUAGCCUCUAUCUCGCCGAGAUCCUCCUCCUCCGCGCCGCUCUCACUCUCUCAAAGACACGAUAUCCUGUUGGAUUCCAGCAGAAAGAAUCAUGAGUUGUUUCAGCUGUUGCGAAGAAGAUGACUUCCAGAAGCAUGCCGAAAGUGGAGGACAACAUCUUGUAAAAAACUCAACAGGAAACGAUGGAAAUGGUCGGGCAUCUGAAACUGCAAAGCAGGGCAUUCAAGCUGUUAAAAUUCAGCCCAUUGAAGUUCCCGAAUUACAAGUGGAUGAACUCAAAGAAAUUACUGACGGCUUUGGGGAAAGUUCUUUGAUUGGAGAGGGAUCCUAUGGAAGAGUGUAUUACGGUGUUCUGAAAAGUGGGCAGGCUGCAGCAAUCAAGAAAUUAGAUGCCAGUAAACAGCCAGAUGAUGAGUUUUUAGCCCAGGUCUCGAUGGUGUCACGGCUGAAACAUGACAAUUUUGUUCAAUUGCUUGGUUAUUGCAUUGAUGGAAACUCCCGAAUUCUUGCUUAUGAGUUUGCAUCUAAUGGGUCUCUUCAUGAUAUUCUGCAUGGACGAAAAGGUGUUAAAGGAGCACAGCCUGGUCCAGUUCUAACAUGGACACAAAGAGUUAAAAUUGCUGUAGGGGCAGCCAAAGGGCUUGAGUACUUGCAUGAGAGGGCUGAUCCUCACAUUAUCCAUCGGGACAUCAAGUCAAGUAAUGUACUCAUCUUUGACGAUGAUGUUGCUAAAAUUGCAGAUUUUGAUUUGUCAAAUCAGGCUCCUGACAUGGCAGCACGACUCCAUUCUACUCGAGUCCUUGGAACCUUUGGUUAUCAUGCACCAGAAUAUGCAAUGACUGGUCAAUUGAAUGCCAAAAGUGAUGUAUACAGUUUUGGUGUCGUCCUCCUGGAACUUUUGACAGGAAGGAAGCCUGUUGAUCAUACAUUACCACGUGGGCAACAGAGCUUGGUUACUUGGGCUACUCCAAGACUCAGUGAGGAUAAAGUUAGACAGUGUGUAGAUGCAAGACUAGGAGGAGAUUACCCUCCCAAAGCUGUUGCUAAGAUGGCUGCUGUUGCUGCCCUGUGUGUGCAAUACGAAGCUGAUUUCAGACCAAACAUGAGUAUUGUUGUCAAAGCUCUUCAACCUUUGUUGAAUGCAAGACAUGGGCCCGCUGGUGAAGCUUCAAACUAAUCUCUCUGACUAUAUUUCUGUCUAUUUGUAUCAAUUGGUAUGUGCAAUAGUGUGCGCGGGAGAUGUAAGAAAGUGACUGCUUCAGAAGCCAAUGGAAGAUUACUUGAACAUGUUUAUAUAUCCAUUGUUUAUGCAGCAUUCAUUUUGUUCAUAAUUCAUUGGUACGGAGAUUUACUUCUUUUA